AUGUCACUCAGUGAGCUCCUCAACCCAGCUGCUGAGUCACAUGAAAUCUACAGUGCGACAGAUGAAGACAUCUACACAGCAGUCAUGGAAGCAAAGAAGGCCCAUAGUGACUCGGAUGCAGACAGUUCUGGCAUGCCCGACUCUGACGAACCAGCCGUUACUCGUCGCGAGGCACUCCAGGCAGUUUUGACACUGUGGAAAUUCACAAAGACAAUCAAUGAUCCUUUCUUUCGGAAUGCUGAGGUGAUGCUUGCAUCUUUGGGACAGCGGGCACGAGCCAUGGAGAGAAACAUGAAGGACACUCACUUGACAGACUACUUUCCUCGUACAUAG